AUAGCCUUGCAUUGUACAUAUUGUGCAUGUUCUCUCUCACUCUAUUGUGCUUUGUGCAGGUGACUGUGACCUCAUCAGACCAAUUGGCAGAACAGCCCGUGCGAUAACAGCCUGUCACCUGCAGGAACCUACCCAUGCCCAUGUAGUUUUUGUUGUGUGGUGGUAGAGGUAUAGAACUGAAGGGAUUGGCCCUUCACAGCUCCUGUCAGACUUGUACUUUGUGCGUUAAGUUUGUUGAAACCUCUCUGGCCGUAUAUAUUUAUAAAAAACAAUCUUUUAAGUUUGACUACCUGGUGGUAAUUUCCCACGACAAUUCUGGCAUCACAAACAGGAUGAUUGAUUCUGCGCAUUCUAUGGGAAGGCGUGAGGGAAUUUCUCAUCUGACGAAAAGACAACGAGGACCAGCCCAGACCAAACCUUGACUGUGAACUGCCCAGGAGGAGACAUCUCAUCAGUGAACAAUAGAGGGACACAUCUACUGAAUUUUCAGCGUCUUUGCCGAACUUAGCAGGUGGAGCGGAGCGCUGUUUGAACCCAGGUGAUUCCGUGGUGGUCAAAGACUUCAGGAGAAAGAGUUGGAAGGACCCCCGUUGAUAUCAAGUUCUUCAGACCCCCCCCACUGCGGUGAAGGUUGCUGAGAGAGAUACCUGGAUCCACGUGUCGCCCUGCAGACGAGUUCCUGAUCCAGGAGAAGAUGAGGAUUCGCCAGUUCCGGCGCUGCCGUGUGGCCCUCCUCUGCAUUAGCACAGGAAUGCUAAUAGGAACAGUAGGCUGUCUUCUUGUAGGAAACCUGACAGAGGGUCAAAUGAGUCCUGAGCCAAAGGGGCMAACACAGGCCUGGAGCAGUGGCCCAGAAGUAGAUGGUCACCGUAGAAGGAGAGYYCUGCUGGGCCCUCACAACCAUGASGACAAUUUGUUCUUAUCUAGAGCACAAAUGGUUGCCAACCUGACCUCCAAAGGAAAGGACUGUUGGGUGUGUGGGUUGAGUCCGGUGAAGGUAGGGGCAGGCUUCCCCCUUUUAGGAGUCCCRAUAGGGGUKAACUUUACUAUAGCAUUGGCAGGAAAAAUACCUUUUUAUACUAUGACCAACAAUGUUAAGGUAUAUAAUCAACCCAAUAUAUUCUGUUAURUGAGACCAGAUAAUGUUUCACUCCCRCCCAUUUCAGUGGCUKGGGUGAUGACUGCCCCUUGGUGUAUUAGAGGAUAUGGAGAUCACUAUUUGGGUGAAUUCAAAUGUAAUUGUACAAUGAAUAUUAAUGGAUCAAAUGCUUGCAAUUUAAAGGUGAUACAGGAGAAUGGUCAGACUGAUAAGGAACCGUUUACAAUUUGGUUUGACAAACAUAGAACAACUCUGAGAGGAGCCCCUAAUGGCACCUACUGGUUGUGUGGUAAGACGGCUUACUAUAGCCUUCCCCUGAACUGGGGAGGUACUUGUACUGUUGGGUUUGUGGUGACAGCAAUGAGAACCGUUCAAAACAAUGACAAGAAUCUGAAGGCUCUCUUUAGACACUACAGACCUCCUGGAAUGAGGAGAGAUAAGAGGUCUCUGGCUGACUUCACUCACACUCAGGCACCUGCCUCCAGGUUCUUUGACGAGUUUUUCCCUGGGUAUGGAGUUGCAGGUGCCAUACACCAAAUUCGUGAUAUCUCUAGACACGUAGAGAAAAUUGGCAAUGCAACUCGAAAUGCCCUGGAACAAUUGAACGGGGAACUAAAAGAAUUGGCUGAAUUGACUGUUCAAAACAGAGAGGCUCUUGACUAUCUUUUGGCAGCUCAAGGGGGCACUUGUGCGAUCAUUGGCAAUGAAUGUUGUACUUUUGUCCCAGGUCGCUCUUCUAAAAUGACUGAUCUUGCCCAAUACAUUGCCACUGUUGCUAAAAAUAAUUCCCCACAACUAGAGUGGACGCUUGCAACUUGGUUGGAAUCCCUGUUUGGAAGUUGGGGAUCACAAAUUGCCCAAUGGGCUGCAGCGUGUUUUUUUUGCCUAGUCUGCAUAAUUGUAUUAACAUGCUGUAAGGCUAUCUAACACGCUCUAAGGCUAUCUAACACGCUGCAAGGCUAUCUAGCACGCUGUAAGGCUAUCUAACACGCUGUAAGGCUAUCUAACACGCUCUAAGGCUAUCUAACACGCUGUAAGGCUAUCUAGCACGCUGUAAGGCUAUCUAACACGCUGUAAGGCUAUUCUCCCUGUCUAAUAAGGUCUCAGCAACAAUCAUGUUUAAUGCUCUUCAAGAGGAUGGUGAGCUGCCGAAGCUGGAUGAGCUUCCCUUUCCCCCUGUAGAUAUAGACGAUGAGUAAUAACUGAAGCUGGAGGAGCUUCCCUUUCCCCCCUGUAGAUAUAGACAAUGAGUAAUAACUGAAGCUGGAGGAGCUUCCCUUUCCCCCCUGUAGAUAUAGACGAUGAGUAAUAACUGAAGCUGGAGGAGCUUCCCUUUCCCCCCUGUAGAUAUAGACGAUGAGUAAUAACUGAAGCUGGAGGAGCUUCCCUUUUCCCCCUGUAGAUAUAGACGAUGAGUAAUAACUGAAGCUGGAGGAGCUUCCCUUUCCCCCUGUAGAUAUAGACAAUGAGUAAUAACUGAGGGUUGUUUUUGUUUGACAAGUUUAGAAGGUUUAAAGUUGAGUUAACUGCCUUGUUCAGGGACAGAAUGACAGAAUUUUACCUUGUCAGCUCAGGGAUUUGAUCUUGCAACCUUUCGGUUACAAGUCACCCGCUCUAACCACUAGGCUACCUGCUACUGUUUAAGGUGCAAGCCAAAACACGUGUUACUGUGUGUUCAAUUAAGACAUAUUGCUAUGAGAUUAAGACAAAUCAAACAAAGCUUMAAUUCAAGUAAUAUUCAGCUAACAUUCAAGUAAGCAUUUUCCAUUAAACAUGUCAAAAUAAAUGUUUUAAUUAAGUCCAUCCAGGUCCCAGAACGUCGGGAGAUGCCUUCUUCAAAAUCUGCCACUAGGAGCAACCAUGAGCGCUAUUACCAUCAAGUAGGCUUGGGUUUUCCUAGGGGGUUGUGGACGGGGAUGGUGGAUGUGAGUAAGACUGAGAUCCGGCUCCAAGGGCGUGUUCGAUCCAUGUGCUAUUCACCCCUUUUUUUCUGGUUUUAACCCAAACCUUAAAGGAGUCGUUCACUAUUUUACAACUUCAUGUUAUGUGGUUCCUCACCCUGAAAGUCUAAGGACCAGGAAAAACUGUCCAUUACAAACUUUAGUCAAUGCUAGCUAAAAAUCACUGGAAGUGAUGGGGGCAUGUGAGCAUGUUUUUUUUAAUGGCCAAAUCACCUUUAAGUAGCAUCAACCCAAAUAAGGAGUUGAUUUCAGGGCAUUUGGACAUUAUUUUUUAAAACAUGCUCACAUGUCCCGAUCACUUCCAUUGAUUUUUAGCUAGUGAUGGCUAAAGUUAGCUGAAGAUUCUAAAGGUAGUCAAAAUAAAAUGUAGUCGCGGAUUUCAGUUUCUCCUGGCUAAUAGACGAUUUUCAGGAUGAAACAUCAAGUUGAUAACAUCAAGUUGUAAAAUAGUGAACUACUCCUUUAACCCUAAACUUAACCUUCAAAAAUGGGCCGUUUAAAAUUAAUAAAUAUUCUUCGGGAUA